AUGCUGCUCAUCUUCCUCCUUUCCUGUCUUCUUGCUACGCUAACAUUUGCAGACCAGUGUCCUUCUGGUGGCGUGUUCAAUGCCCAGUUCAACAAGUGUUACAUUUUCGCCACCACACCGGCUCCAUAUACGUUAGCAGAGCAGGACUGUAUAAAUCUCGGUGGACAUUUGACUUCAAUAUCGAACGCGUUUGAGAAUGAUAUCAUUUCGGAUAACACUAAAUCAGCUCUGGUUUCAACAAACUCCACCGAUUUCUGGAUCGGUGCCACCGACUUGGUCUUGUCAGGGAAAUGGGCUUGGACUGACGGCACUAACUUCCUUUACACCAACUGGGCACGGGCAACCACAGACUGGGAAGGAUUGCGCAUCAUCUCGUCUGAGCGAUGGACGAUGGAUGGCGAACGAUUGUCUACUUACAAAGGCGUAUACGUGUGCAGUGCCACCACAACUGCCAUUCACUUGCCCACCGCCCCCGACUGCCAAUUGUUUUUAGCCGUAGCUGUGCCUACGCAGGCUGUGUGCACACCUCGCCAAUGUACACCACAUUGCGACUCUGAAUGGACAUAUUUCUCACAGACCAGCUCUUGUUUCAAGGUUUUCUUCGGACAGAAAUGGGACGACGCUGAGGCGUUCUGUGUAGAGCAAGGUGGCCAUCUCGCUUCAAUCCAUUCGGAACAGGAGAAUACCUUUGUUGCUAAUCUCGCUAGGACCAACAUGAAGUUAACUAAUCCGGACGAUCUGACGUGGAUUGGAUUGAAGGCUGUCGGUAAUGGCUGGCAGUGGUCAGAUAAUACCAAGACAGACUAUAUCAACUGGGCACCAAAGCAGCCUGAUAACCCAGGGAAGGAAAAUUGCGUUGAGCUGGCGCAAGAUACUUCUGAUCACGGCUGGUACGAAACCUGGAAUAACGAGGAGUGCAACGUCGUACUGCGUGCAUUCGUGUGUAAGAAGAACUCAAUUGUUUGA